AUGGCCCCCUCGGUUAAAAGCAUUCUGAGAAUUUUGCAUGCCGCCGGCGGGUUCAUCCCCGAAGACAGCGAUGCCAGCUGUUAUGUCGUCGUGGAAGAGAGCAACGAACUGAGCGAACAACGCUGGGUCGAAUCCCAACUUGCUAGUGAGACCUUCAUCGCGUCAAAUAUCAGGACUAAUUCGCCAGCUGUUUAUUCCGUGCAUGAAGAUACACGGUCCGUAUUCUGCAUCGGGGAGAAUAAUGCGCUCAGGCUUUUCACGCUGGUGGAAGACGAGUGGCACGAAGUUCAUCUCAGCGGAAAUGAAGAGAUUCUAGUACAUCAAUCGGGCAGACUCAGUGGAUGCGUUUAUGGUGGUGACAGUGUGGUGUUCUUCGAGGAUGUGAGAGGCUAUAUUCGAGGCAUCCGGGUCAAGAAGGAUGGACGCUGGAGGUUCCUUCGCCCUCUUUCUGCGAAUUCUGUACCGGGAAGCCCUCAUUUUGCCCAGGUCCAGGAAAAUGUCGUUCACUUGAGCUACGUGAACUGGGAUGGUUAUAUCCAUCAGAUGGGCAUAAGGACUGCGCCCAAUAUCAACAGCGACAACCCUCUUUCGGGUACAAAUUUUACGAACAGUCGUGUCGCAAACUUCACUGUCCGCGUGCAGGAUAAGAUAGAGGAUGGGAAACGGGACGAGGCAGGAAAUGAGCCGCGUGAUGAGCCGGAACUAUACCUCUUCGCUCUAACUAAGAAGCAAGAGGGGGAGCCAGAGGAGCUAGUGUGUAUCGAUAGCAAAGGAAAGCCCAUGGUAAUGGGCAGAAUUGUCGAUGGUGUGUUUGAACCUGCGUCGGACAGAGAGAACAACAGGCCUGUUAUCAAAUCCGCAUCGACUGCAGUGGGCAAUGCCACAGGAGGAGGAAAGGGCGGGAAAGGGAAGAGGAGGUAG